AUGCAAACAGGCAUACCGAUAACACCGACAUUCGGCCAACAACACUCGAACAACUCGCCAGCUUCAACGGGUGCUACUGGCACAGCUAUUACAAAUAAAAUACUAAUUAAUGGUGGCCGGUUUGAUUUCGACGAUGGUGGCACCUAUUGCGGUGGAUGGGAGGAUGGGAAGGCUCAUGGUCAUGGUGUAUGCACCGGGCCCAAAGGACAAGGAGCAUACUCUGGAUCGUGGCACUAUGGAUUCGAAGUGUCGGGCGUUUAUAUGUGGCCAAGUGGUAAUACAUACGAAGGCCAAUGGCAGAACGGUAAGAGACACGGACUUGGUGUGGAAUCUAGAGGGCGGUGGCUGUACAGAGGAGAAUGGACUCAAGGUUUUAAAGGUCGGUAUGGCGUAAGACAAUCAGCUACAACAAAUGCCAAGUAUGAAGGUACUUGGGCAAAUGGUUUGCAAGAUGGCUACGGAUCUGAGACGUAUGCUGACGGUGGAACGUUUCAAGGCCAAUGGAUGCGAGGUAUGCGUCAUGGUUAUGGUGUUCGAACCAGUGCACCAUUUGGUAUGGCUUCCCAUAGUAAGCCAAAUAAAUCUGACAUAAGGAAUUCGUUAUCGUCAUUAGGCAGUGAAGAUGUGCAAAAAAUUGGUAGCAUAUCAGAUGAUCCGGGAAUUGGAAGUGAAGGGCGUGACAAAAAAUUAGAUGAUACAAGAGGAGGCUUUGUAUUGAAAGCUAAUAGCGACGAACAACCCAACAAAAAAAAGACAGUCGUUUCUAAGUCAACACAUAGUUUAAAGAGAACUUUCAUGUCUGGUUUUAAAAUGAGAAAACAGAGAAGUACAGGCGAGUUGGACAAACGAGUGGCCGGAAGUAUCAGAAGUACAGCAUCAUGUACGUCCUGGAUUAGCACUGGAUCAUCCCAGUCGGGUAUGGGUGAAUCCUACAACACUGAUUCAAAUGCGAGUUUUAUUGUUGAGGACGAACAUAUGGAUGUCAACACUACUGAAACUUAUAUUGGUGAAUGGAAAAAUGACAAAAGAUCUGGUUUUGGAGUGGCUGAAAGAACAGAUGGUCUUAAAUAUGAAGGCGAAUGGUUUGGAAAUAAGAAAUAUGGUUACGGUGUUACAACAUUUAAAGAUGGUACAAAAGAAGAGGGCAAGUACAAAAACAAUGUGCUGAUAACAUCGCAGAAGAAAAAGCAUUUGUUCCUAAUCAGAUCAGCAAAAUUCAAGGAGCGAAUAGAAGCAGCAGUAAAUGCGGCACAUAGAGCUUCUAAAAUAGCUCUACAAAAAGCCGACAUAGCCAUUUCACGAAUGGCUACUGCUCGUGGAAAAGCUGAGUUAUCUGACAUUGCGGCUGAUCAUGCGAGAGAAGAUUACGAAAUUGCCAAACUUACAGCCAAACAGUUUGCACCUGAUUUUAUACAACCUGGACUAGAGAAAACAAGACUUCGAGAGUUAUUGAAACAAAGAUUGUCAAUGGACAAGUCGUUAGACAUGUCACUUGAACAAGAAAUGUCAAUACCAACCGUCGAAAAAAACAGCGUUUCGUUUGGUGGUAAUUUUUCUUCAGCUCGAUCAUCUUCGUUUGAUUCUACAAAUAAAGAUAUUAUGGGUGGACAGCCAUCUGAGUCUCAAUUUAAACCCAGGUCACAUUAUGCACAACCUUACUACCAGUCAACGAUCAAUCAGACUGGUGUGUCGUCGUCUGCCAAUAAUCAGACUAUCAUUAGUAAUUCCAUUAAACCUCCACCAUUAUCUCCACGCAAUAGUUUAGCUGAUACAAGUCGCGUUCCUAAUAAUACUUUGUCCGUUUCCAACAAUAUUAAUUUCAACAACAAUAGUAGUGGACCCUAUGGGACAGGUAAACAACCAGCACCACCCCCAUCCAUAACGCCUUUAAGUCAAAACGGUGGUGAAAGUGGUAAUCAAAAUCAUGCUUAUGGCUCCGGUAGGAGACAAUCCGUUCAUCAAUCCAUGUAUAUACAAAAUGAUGAUGGAAACGGUGGGUAUAUGAACAAUGGAAUGCCUCAAGAUCGUGGUCGGCCUGGACUUAGUGAUGAAUCGGAUUCUUCACUAAAACGCAACAAGAAUUAUGUUAACAGAGAAUCGCUUUAUAGUUUCCAACAAGCGAUGAGUGAUCAUUUUGAUCACUACAAAAGACCACCCAGCCGUGAUAGCAGUGUAGAUAGGUAUAGCCGAGCUGCAAGUAGACUGAGCGGUGAGUCGAGACAAUCUUCUGUGGAAAAAACAAGAAGAGAUCCAGAUCACCCUGUAGUGAGUGGUGAUGUAGGAAGAGCAGCAAUAAGUAGCCUUGCAUCGUCCAAAUUGAUUGGUGCGUCAUCCGUUAAAUCAGCUGCAACUUCAAAUAGCGUUACGCGAUCACCCCCACCGUUUGAAGAGAUUAUUCUCAGACAACGAAAUCUCGGACAAGAAAUUGUUCCAUCACCUGUGGGGCAACCUAAACGUACUGAGUCAUUAUAUGUGAAUCCAAAUGCUCGGAAAGAUCCUAAACUCAGGGAAACUCCCACUCAAGUAAUGUUGCAGCGCAAAAAAAGUCUGCCCGAUGUUCAAGCGACUUCAAACGUUCCGGUUUCCAUUUCCAGAGAAGAGGUUUCUGUUCUCAGCUCAGCAAGGCGCGAAGAAAUCCGAAGAACUGAAGAAGAAAAUGAACGACUUCGAGCCAACCCCUUACUUUAUUUAGUCAGUCCACACAUGAAGGACUGGUUUACGAGACAACAGUUGGUUUUGGUCAUAUUGUUCGUUAAUAUUUCAUUGGCAUUGAUGUUUUUCAAGCUUUUAACGUCCUAAAUUGUAUUCUAUUAAAUCAAAAUAUGACUACAAUGAUUAGUCAGUCACACGUGAAAAUUGUAUUUUGAACUCUUUUGUUUAGAGCUCAAUAUUUCCCUUUCUUUAGAUUUACCAAAAAAAUAAGAAAAACAUGAAUAAUAUAAUAAAAAAAAAAAAUGUAACUCAUUUAGUUUAGAAUGCUUAGACUUUAUAAGUUGAAUAAAUAACUUCUUCUUAGAAUCCAUUUCAUUUCUGUAUACAUCUAACUGUAUUUAAUAGACGAAUGUACAUUAAUGCCGUUUUGCUAAUUAUCAAAUUUACAACACAUGUUUACCCAUAUUCUUUAUUACUAUUAAGUUAAAAAUAUUAUUUAUUAUGUAUAUUGAAUUAAAAAACAGUGUAUUUAUACAAUUGUGUAUUAUAGUUAAUUAAUACAGAGUAUUAUUGCCUAAUUUUUACCAAAACAGGGAUAAAAAAUAACGUGACAAUGUUAAAACUCAUUACGUGUAAUAAACCGGAUUAUAAAUUAGACUUGUAAUUUCUUACAGUAUGAGAAAAUCAUUUUCAUUUUAUAUUUUUAUUAGUAAUUGAUGUUAAAUAAGUAAUACUACUUUAUAAUUUGAACUAUUGAUGAAUUGAUCAAUGAUAAUUAAUUAAAUAUUUAUUCCUACGCAAAACCGACGCGAGUCUAAAAUGACCCAGGCGAUUGCCUAAGACACCAAUUGUGCCUAUACUGUUGAAAGGCGUCAUAACGUCUGUUUUUAAGUAUAAUAAAGGUACUCAAAUAACAAUUGGGCCUAGGGUAUCUUUAGACCUCACGCCGGCUCUGUUUCUACUCUUAUGUUACAAUGCACGAAAAUUGUUAUUUUUAUGAAAAUAUAACGUUUAAAGCACAAAAUAAUUUUAUAAUGUCAUAAUUACACUAUUUCAUUUGUACUUAAACUAAAGAGUUUAUGUCGUUAGAAUGUUAUAUUAUAUAUAUAUAUAUAUAUAUUUAUGUAUACAACUUAUCAGAAGUCAAUAAAAUAGUAAUGAAAAAUAAUA